AUGGAGCUUGUCAGUAAGGAUGGACAAGAAGAGCAUCUCGGCAUUUCAUGUUCCCAAGAUAUGCUUGCUCAGGUAAUAGAAAUCCCUCCUAGGACAGUGCUAUUGAAGCUCAUGGAAGCUAAUGGUGCAAAAGGACCACCUAUUUUCACGUGUAUUGCUUCUGAAAGUUUACAUUUCAAGAAGCUUAAGGGUCAAAUAUACACUUCCUUGAUACAUGCGAAUGAGCAGUUGAUACUUGAUACUGUUAUUUUGAUAAAUGCCUAG